ACUUUAUCGGUCUCUUUUUGCCCAACUGCUACAUAACAGGGGCAUAAACAUACCAACACCAAUUAUCAAGAUGUGGUGGGAGGAAAACACUGACAUAAAGGUACAGUGAUCGUUAACUGUAUGAAUCCAGGAAUUGUAAACACCAAUUUACACCGCCAUACGCCUUUCCGUGCACAUUCUUUUAUCAAUUUGUGUUUUUCACCAUUUAUAUGGUACAUGUUCAAGAAACCAGAAGAUGGAAUCAACACAAUAAUGUUUUGUGCUCUUGAAGAUGCCUUAGGAAAUACAAGUGGAAAAUAUUUUGUGUAAUGGCAGCAUACAGUUAGCAAACUCUCAAAGGAUCAGACUAUUUCUCUUGUGGUGUCAAAGACAAGGACUAUACAACUCAUGGUGGGCCAGCAGGACAGUGUUGAUUCUACUGAAAGUUUCUUCACUCGUCAUCACAACAGCUGGCAAACAAUGAUGCAUCAACAUAUAGCACUAUCGUUACCUAUGCGAUUUUAUAUUUAUGCCAUCCAUGGCUAUUUCAUUGAAGUGAUGUUCACAGCAGCCUGGGAGUUUGUUGUUAACAUGAAUGUCAAGUUUCCUGGAAACACAAGUGUCUGGUCUCUGUUGAUUUAUGGGGUUGCAAUCCUUGUUGUCGAACAGAUUCAUUAUCGCUUACAGGACACAGUACCAUUGCUGUGUCGAGGACUUAUUUACAUGUUGUGGACUUACCUAUGGGAAUUCAGCACUGGUUAUAUAUUAACACGUUUUGACGCCUGUCCUUGGGACUACGAUAAUUUUGACUGGGAUAUUAUGGGUCUAGUGACACUUGAGUAUGCACCUUUAUGGUUCUUUGGCGGUAUCCUUACAGAGAAAAUCCUAAUAUUCUACACUCGUCAUCUAUACUGGGGACCUUACAUGGAUUCAACACGCUACCAAGGGAUGAAUGGUCAUAUAAAAAUGAAAUAGUGGGAUGAAAUGUCAAAAGUUAGCUGAGUGAGCGUGAGAGUGAGAGGGAGUGUAAGAGAGUGAGAAAGAGACAAAACGAAACAUGUUUAUAAUUUCAAAGGAGGAUUCUUCCUAUCUUCUCAGUUUGCAACCAUUUGGCUGUGGCCAUUCUGGGGCACCAUCAGGACUGUUCUUAUCAUUCUUCCUUCUAUUCCAUCAGGUAUUUCAAGGAAGAAUUUUUUUUACUGCUGUUGGGUAUAAUACAGUGGGGAAAAACAAAAAGAUGAAACAAUUCUGUAUGUGUGUGUGUGUGUGUGUGCAUGAGAGAGUGUGAAUGUAUGUGUGCAUGUGUGUGUAUGUAUGAGAAUAUGUGAAUGUAUGUUUGUGUGGGUGUGUAUGAAAGUGUACGUGUGUGUGUGUGUGUGUGUAUGUGUGUGUAUGUGCAGAUCAUUUGAGCGGAUCAUAGAUCAUAGAUCACCCUAGUAUACACACUUAAACACACACACACACACACACACACACGACAUAACUUCCUAAAUGAUUUUUUUUGUACUGCUUUAUCCAUUUAUCGGUAUUUAAUGCAUAUACACACAUGUACUGUGUAUUAAUCUAUGUAUAUGUGUACAUAUAUACAUGUAUGUGUGUAUAUAUAUAUAUAUAUGUAUGUGUGUAUAUAUAUGUGUGUGUGUCUGUUUAUAUAUAUAUAUAUAUGUGUGUGUCUGUUUAUAUGUCUAUUUGCGAAUGUACAUGUGUGUGUGUGUGUGUGUGUGUGUGUGUGUAUGCAUGUGAGAGAGUGUGUGUACUGUAAGGCCUCCAUUUGUGAGGAUGGGCCACAUGUCUACACAUAUAUGCACAGACUUUUGCAGUUACCCAUGGAUGCAAGUCUCCCUUUUACUCCAUACCACCACCACUGUUGUCUAAUAUGAAAGGCUACCUCUUUAAGGUCAGUAGAGCUUGAAACUUGUUAUUGCAGGCGUUGCUGUUAAAACACAAAAUGCCAGAACAGAUAGUAUAGAACAUGUUACUUGGCACUCUCUGCCAAUUUACUACUCUGGAUCGGUUCUUUACUUGUUGAUCUUAAAAAGAUAAAAGGCAAAGCUGACUUUGGUGGCAUUUGAACUCAGUGUGUGGGGAAUUGGAACAAAUACUGCAAGGUAUUGUGAUGAAUGUGUUGGAUGUGUGUGUGUGUUUGUGGAUAUAUAUGUAUGUAUAUUUAAUGUUUUGGAUCUUUGUUGUGUAUGUUGUGUACUAUAACUUAUUAAAAGUAUGUGGCACAUUUAAUAGAUUUCUCUAAAAAGGAACUAUAAGCUUCAUUUUUUUGUAUUCAUCUAAAAUGAAUGAUGAUUGUAAGAUUUUAGGUGCUGACCUUAGACUUAUAUUUUCCAAUGCCACCAGACUAGAUUUAUAGAAUCAUUUAUUUUUAGUAUAUUCUAAACACAAGAACUAAAGUAUUUUUGUUUUUUAUAUAUCAUCUUCAUGUCACAUUCAUUAGAACUUGGUUUAGUUUUAAAACUUAUUUUUUUUAAAAAAGGAAAAAAACAAGUAAUUUAAUAAUACCAAAAUUAUUGAAAAUUUUCAAAUUUCCCUUUGGAAAAGAAAAUUAAAAUUAAAAAGCCAAAGAAAACAUCAAGAAUAGAAUUAUCAUUUUUACUGUUCAUCUAUUGUUACUUUUGACAGUGUUGCUAUCAAUAAGCCACGGAGCUGUCUCAUGGGAUGGGUGGAGGAAUGUCUUUGAGUGCCAUCAAAUGCUUUACAGUAUUACAUUCCAUGGAUUCGUUCAACACAUUAUUAAAUAUUUAUUUAAUUACUAUUUCUAUUCAAAAUUGGAAAUAAAUAAGGGACCAGUGUGUCAUAGAAAAUUUCGCCAAAAUCCAAAUAAACUUGACCAAUUUUUAUUAAAAAAAACCCCCAAAACUAUUGCGAUGGCACCAAUGUGACUAUUUCCCAUGAGGCAGAAAUCAUGAUAAUUUUGUUUCAUGAUCACUAAUCAAUACUCUUUGUUGACUGAUCACUACUCAUACAUUCUUAUAAAUGCCAGAAAAUCUCUUCUUGAACAGAUAAAGACUAGUGAAAUCUGAAAUGUAUUGGCUGGCACUGGUAGUAAAUAAUGGCUUCUGUCCUCUGUAAAUGAUUCCUUGUUUUCAUUGCUCAUAAUUGCCACUGCCAUGGUCACGGCCACCAGCAAAAUAAUAUCUGGAAAUUUCCAUAAUAUUUUUUUUUUUUACUCUGAUGGUUAACAAGAAAACUUGUUCCCUUCCUCCUCUUCCUCCUAAUCCACCAGCAACAGGAGGGAAAGGUUUAACGAAUGAAAUCAGUUUGUAAUUUUAUCUCUUCCAUUCAUUGAUUAACAGAUUCUCAUUGUUAACAUGCCAAUUGUUCUGGUGCCAAUUACCAGUUGUCUGUUGCUGCUGCUGCCACUGCUGCUGCUGCUACUGCUGCUGCAUUUAUCGACUUCCUCUAAUCUGUUUAUAUGUAUAUGUACCUAAUCUGUUUAUAUAUAUAUGUAUAUAUAUAUAUAGGAUCAUGUUGUCUGAGCAACAUAACAAAAUAAUUCUAGGUAGAACACUAGUUGCUAUAAUUUACCAUUUUGUUCUGAUAAUACUCUGUAAUCUUAUGAUAACUUCUUAAGUAACUUCACCAUCAAGGAUUUCUCUGCAUCAUUUUUUACUUGGGUGUCCUUUGUUCCAGGAUUUUAGAGAAUAUGAUUCUAACAAUGUAUCUGUUGAUCUGGACAUUUUCAUCUUUCUCUCUCUCUCUCUCUCUCUCUCUCUCUCUCUCUCUCUCUCUCUCUC